AUGAAACCGAAGAGUCCGACUAAAGAAAAGACCGUCGGUGUCAAAUUCUCGAUGAAAUUGAGGAAUCGACAGGUCAGGAGAGUCUUGUUUGGAGUCCCGGAUCCUAAGGAAACUGACGAAUGGUUGAAUAAAAUGGCUCACAAUCGAGCUGAGAAGGCCAAAGAACGGUGGCAGUUUGAUUUUGAGAGAGAACGGCCCUGUUCUUCUGAGAACGGCGGUCAUGGUGCUGAGAUUGAAUAUGAGUCCGUCCCAGAAGACGAAGUAAGUAUAAUGUAAUUUUUUAACCUGAUUCAAGGGUUUGUGGGUAAUUUGGAAUUUUUUCCGGUUUUUCUGAAAGUAUUUAUGAUUUUAUUACGCUGAACACUGGAUAGGUAAAAUAUUCUUAUUAUUCUUUGUGCGGUCAGCGAAAGGUCAGAACGGGGUUUAGAGCCAUCUAAAAUGGGGAUUUAGGGCUCAACUGGAUGCGAUCGGCUCUUUUGUUUGUCCGAUGCCUAAUAAAUGUUUUUUCCUUUUAGGUCCCGGCCUUUUAUCGAUCAAGGCCAGCCCGAGAUUCCGUUCCUGCACAUCUUCGGACACCUUCUAAGAGGAAGAGAGAUCGUUCCAUGUCACUAGAAUCUACUGAAAUCAAGAAUUCGACCACUCAAUUGCAACAGGAAGUAGCCAUAAAGUCGCCGCGGAAGGUUAACCUGUCCAAGGACUUCAAGGUGAAGAAGGAGAGCAAUUACACCACUCCCAAGAAGCCCCGGCAUUAA